UGCCGUCUUUCACUGGAUUGUUGUUUGAUUCGUAACAGAUGCGAGGUCCUCACAAUGCCUCUCUACAUGUGGCAGUUCUAUAUAAUGAAAUCUCUCACGACCAUUCCUUGAGUUGUCCAACCGUCGUUCCCGCGUCAGGUGUUGACAGAUGCUGAUGCAUGAUGCCCCUAUACAUGCAAUAGCAUGCCGGUUGCUUUCUGCUCAGGGUUGAAUAUCCAGAUAUCGAUGUUCACGGAGUGUCAGCGUGGUGUAUACAAACCGACGACAGAGACGAGAAUUUUGUUUCAUCUUUCGUUUCUUUCCCUUCAUUCUGCCUUGCGACCUACCUGCAACGAAGAUGCCUGAGGCGUCAUUUCUCAUUCUUUUUAUUUCAUUCCUUUUUAGCUUUCCCUUUAUUCCGUUAGCUCGUUCUCAAGAUACCAAUGCGACUUGUCUUUCGCAGUUUGGAUGGAUGACUAACUCUCGUGGACAGAGUCCAUGCGUUGUCGAGGCCUACGUUGAAGGUGCCUGUCACCCAGACGGAGAAUGGACAACACCGGCCCUGCAGAACACUUCCUUUGGAUAUUUGGGACCAACGGUCCAAACUGCCAAUCCAUGUAGUUGCAGCUCCGUAGCGUUCUCCUUAUUGAGUGCAUGCGCAUACUGUCAAGGUGGAAAAUUGAAUACAUGGACAUCGUAUACCACGAACUGUGAUCCGACUGAGAUAAGCAAUGGAGGAUACCACCAUGAUAUUUCAUCUGGGACAGCGAUUCCGGCCUGGGCGUACCAACCGAUGGAUGCUACAACCGAAAAGUGGGAUCCGUUGAGUGCACAGAAGCUGUCCGAAAGUGGGAUUCCAGAUUCUAUCUCAAAUAACGGUAACUCGACGUCGAAGCCUCCCGGCAGUCCUUCCAGCUUUUUCCUCUCUUCCUCCGCCCAAACCAUUGGAACGGCUAUCUCCAGUAGUCCAGUAGCUGUACCUUCUACAAUCAAUGGGUCUGCCGAGAGACCCAUCCGGAGGUCUUCGAGUGGUGCCAUAAUUGGAGGCGCGGUGGGAGGAGGCGUUUCUGCUCUCUUGCUCGUCGUAGCCGGCGUCCUCCUCAGGCGAUACCUACGUACUAACCGCGCUAUGAGGGCACCUUCUCGCCAAGUCCAACUCUAUUUACCUUCAUCUCCCAGUUAUUACGACGAGAAAUUCCCAGCCGGCCUGACCCCACCUCAUUCCGCCAACCCACUUCUUAACUCUCAGAUACCGGUUCAGAUAUAUGAUCCGUUUCGAGCUGGAUCUGCCAUACAUAUUCCCAACCUCGCUCAUGUUGAAGGGCAAGUGAAUAAUGGAAGGCCGUGCCCAAUUAGUAGUCUGCCGGAAGUUUGAGUAGUUAUCUCUCGACCUCUUUUAUUCAAAUGUGAUUGGCUAUUUACUCUAUAGUUCACGAUUCAAAUGUGGUUUUCAAAACUUC